ACAUGUUUGGAGGAUCUUGCUCUUAGUCUUCCAGUUCUUCAGGAAAAUGGUACAGAAGAGGAGAACGAGCUCCUGUGUCAAUGGAGAAAGUGUUUGGAAGCAGGAUCAUCCUCAUCCCUGCCAUGCCCUAGAAAGCAGCUGAGAGAGGAAGCUGAAAUAUCCUGGGGAGAGUUUAACUCCUGCUUUGGAGGGAGGCCACGUGUCCCAGAGGAGGCUGAACAUGGGAGCCACAAGGGAAAUUGUAACCCAAGGAUUCUGGGUGUAAGGUCAGGAGUCUUUAUUUGCUUUGUGGACUUGGGAGGUCUGGGACGUCUAGUGGGGAGCAGACUUGCCUGAUAGUGGGUAGGAGUCAAUCCUAAAGUUCUGAAUCUCUGAUGGUCCCCCCAGGGACAAACUCUGGGACAUCAACAACCUGGAAAAGAAUUACUGUUUCCAUGGACAGACCCUGAUAUUUGAAUUUUCUACAUGAACAAUUUUUUUGUUUCCUCUACUGUUGUUCAGAUUUCAAGGUUCCUUUUGAAAUUAUUGUAGAGAACAGUUACAUGUGUUCUGCCUUAUCAAAAGUUUUCUGUUUAGCAAUCCUCAUCAGCGUUUUAAAACAUGCUGAUGUAAAAGGUCAGGAAUUUUUCAUAUAGGUUACAAUAAGUAUUUAGGUCAAAGACUAAUUAAUCAUUCAGCAUAAGUCUGCUUUUUUUUUUUUUACCACACUGAUUAUGAAGAAGACACACCAAAAGGUUAAAGACCUUUUGUACUGUUACAGUCCAGAUAAGUGAUCUUCCAGGCAGUUUUGGAGCAGCUGAACUAUAAAAAGGAAGAAACACACAAAAACCAAAGUUAUUUCAGUCUUGCUUUGUCAUUCUAAAAUUCUGUUCUCCCUCUCCUAAUCUGGAAGACCUUGUGAAGGAGCUUGUAUUGUUUGGUGUUGAAAGGUGUUUAUCUCAUUUUUACAGCUAAAAAUCCUACUAAACAUCAAGAGUUUGACUAAAGGAACUUUGCCACGGUACAAAAUGUUGCGAUCUGGCAGGACAAGUAGCAUGCAAUUUUAAAAUGUCAGAAACCCAGCUAUUUAUUAGUUUUCAUGGUAGGAAAUACUUAGCAGAUCAAGCUGUGCUUGUGAAUCAGCAGCAGUGACAUUUUCCAGCAAUCCCACAUGAAAGCUGGUGGAAAGGGUGAUGAGGGAUUUCCGCUCCGUGACCUCGCCCUGCACUGGGACAGCCACCACGCUGCCUCUGCCAUUCUUUCUAUGAAGCACUGCACUGACAGCUGGAGUUGCUUUCCAGAAGUCAUAUCAUCUGACAGCAUCCAAUACCUUAACUUUCCUCAGCACAGGAGACAAACUACCUUGAAUUUCCUACUUUUCUGAGUUUUCCAAGCUGCUGGCAAUGGCAAAUUAUCUUGGAGUUACCUCAGCAGUGUCUUUCAUCUGGAUUAUGACAUUCCUGGCUCAAAAUUACUUUGUAACAGGUUCCAUUAAUUCACCUUGCAGGAUCAAGGGUAUAGGAAUUUAUCUUGAUCAGAAAGCGAAUUUCUCAGAAGCAAGUCAUGGAUGUAAUCAAUUCAACCUAGAGCUGGCCAGUAAAAUACAAGUGGAAGAGGCUUUGAAACAUGGCUUUGAAACAUGCAACUAUGGAUGGGUGAAAGAUGGAUUUGCUGUUAUUCCUCGGAUAACAUCCAACCAGAAAUGUGGUCAGGGAAAAACUGGAAUAGUAAAAUGGCAAGCUAGCAAGGAUACAAAAUUUCAUCUCUACUGCUUCAAUUCCUCAGAUGUCCGGAUUAAUUCCUGUCAACCAGACCCAACUACACCUCCUUCAUCAACUGCAUCAAGUGAUGUAACUGCAUCUUCAGCCUCUGAUUUGACUGAGAACACCACAGCAGUGUCUGCUGAGGCUGUGACUGAGGCAGGACAAUUCCUGAGAAAGAGAUUCCGUGUGGUGUGCGUGACUGAAACGCUCUCACCAACAGAGGCGCCCACCACCACACCAGUGCCAGAGGAGCCCUUCUCCACUGACUCUCCCAAGCUCACUCCUCACCUGGCCUUUAAGAAUGAUGCUGUUGUUUUUGGAGGUAUCCCCACUGCACUUCUUGUACUGGCAAUCAUCUUCUUCAUUAUCUCUGUUGUUCUAGCAGUCUGUUAUAUCAAAAAGUACAAGAAAACCUUACCAUUUAUAAACAAGAAGCAGCAAAAAGAAACAGUUGUAACUACCACUCUCAAAGAGACAAAAUCCAAUGACCAAACACCUGAGAAGGAAACACAGAAUAAUGGAAAUAAGGUAGAAGAGUGUAAAACUAAGCCUGAGGCCACAGUAAAGUGUCUAGAAGCAGAAGUUUAAAGGAAAGAAUGUACAGUUCUUGAUGGAAGUAUAAAAUAAAGCACACAGAACUUGGCAGUGCUUUUAAACAUAAGUGAUUGUAAAUACUCAUAUUUUCUCCAUCUUUAACAUAUGAAACCUUGUUUUUUUAAUGAUUACAUCUUUGGCGACAAAUAUUCUUGCAGAAGAACAUGGUAUCCUAUUUACUUGAAAUAAAUUCUACAAAUUCAUAUUACAGCUCAUUUUUCAUCUUUAAUAAAGAAGCAAUUAGGAAUAUGCUAUUAACCACAUGCACUACAUUAACUAUUUGCAUGGAAUUUAGAUCAAUAUAUACCAAAAAGGUUUUUAUGUCUGGCUGGAGGAUGUCUGCUAGCUUAAUGCCUAAAAUAAAAACUGGCACUGUAGUUCUUCCUCGUGUAGAUUAGCUUAUUUCCAUUCAGUAGUUGCAUGCUGCUUUAAAAAAAAGUCUGUUUACAAACAGAAGAAACAGUUCUGUUUACAAGGGAGUAAAAACUCAAAGGAUUAAUCCACUGUCAUUCAAAUGCCCAAAGAAGGGUACAAAGAUGCUGAUGUGUGUAUGUGUAUAUUCACACAGCAAUGAAUAACUUAGAAGCCUCCAUUGUACCAUAAGUUACUGUUUUAUUUAUUGAAACCAUUAUCAUUCUUCUAAAUGAGAUAUUUGACAGAGGGAGACAAAAAAUCCUUGAACAAGACUUAUACUGGAGAUCUUUUUUGUGUAUUUAUGUGUGGCUUUCAUAAUAAAGGCCUCAGGUGACAUGGGAUGUCUACAAUACUCCCUAAAAAAUAAACUAUGGUGGAUAUGUUUGUCU